AUGCCGUCCGCUCCCUUCGCGGACGGUGACCGCGACGAGGCGGCUCUGGAACCGAUCAUUCGGAGGCUGGCGGACUACCUCGACCUCGCGUCCUCCUCUUCAGACGACGACGGCGACGGCGACGGCAACGAGGACGGAAACGGCAAACACAGCAACAACGCUCUAUCGCAAGCGGUGGCUGCAGCGUACGACAAGAUCCCCUCCUUCAUGGACAGAUUCGGCAUCCACGACGCGGCCUCGUUUCUGCGCUUCGCCAACGACCUUCUCACGUGGAUCCCGAGCGAGGGGUGCGAGGGGCGGGAUGUGUACGACGUGCUGUGUAUGUUUUAUUUUGUCUUGGGGCAGGCGUCUUUGGGGGCGCUGCAGACGGAAAUCAUACCGGGUCGCCGCUGUGCAAACGGGGGAUGCGGCGCGAGGCCACGCGUGGAGGAGGAGGAGGAGGAGGAGGAGGAGGAGGAGGAGAAGAGCGAGAAGGGCGGCGGCGGCGGGGGGAGCUGCGGCUGGCUGUCGGCGUGGAUGGUUGCGUAUGCGCAGCGGAUCGGGGCCUGGAUGGAUUCGCCCGCGUCCGUGACGGAGGCGUCGCUGGGGACGUUUUGGCGGUGUGAGCGGUAUCGCUUGCACGAGGCAGUCGUUCCUGUUGGCGGGUUCCGGACGUUUAAUGAUUUCUUUUCGAGGCGGUUGCGGGAGGGGGUUAGGCCUGUUGCUGGGCUGGGGGAUGAUGGGGUUGUUGUGUAUCCUGCGGAUUGUCGGCUGGGUGUCUCGGGGGACGGGGCCGGAGAGGGGGUUGUUGAGAUUGAGAGGGGGGGUGUUGUGAGGAUCAAGGGGUUGCCGUGGACGAUUGGGGAGUUGUUGGGUGGUGAUGGGGGCGGCGGGUGUGAGUUUGAGGGGGGAAUAUGGAUGCAUGCUUUUUUGAAUACGUAUAAUUAUCAUCGUGUUCAUGCGCCUGUCUCGGGGAGGGUUGUUGAGGCGAGGAGGGUUAGGGGGUUGGCUUGUUUUGAGGUUGUUGUUGUUGAUGAUGAUGGGGAGGAGAAGGAAGACGAGGCCAGACUGGCACCUUUGAGAGGUGGCACUUACAGAAAGAAGGGCGCAGUGUGCCGCCGGGCGGAGGAUCUACCACAAAGAAACAGAAGGUUGACGACGCCCAACACGCCCGGGUACCAGUUCCUCCAGACCCGAGGCGUCGUCGUCAUCGAGAACCCCGUCCUGGGCCGGGUCGCGGUGUUGCCGGUGGGGAUGGCCAUGGUCGCCUCUGUGCGGCUGGGUGUCCGCGUUGGCGACGUGGUGGAGAAGGGGGACGAGAUUGCGGGCUUCGCGUUUGGGGGCAGUGAUGUCGUUUGCGUCUUCGAGGCGAGGGCCGGGCUGAGGGUGGAGGAUUUUGUGAGGAGUCCUGGUGGGGAGGGGGCGUGGUCGAGGUAUGGGAGUGUUUUGGCGAGGGUGCGGAAGCGCCGUGAGGCGAAUCUAGCUGCGGAGAGAGAGAGUGGUGAGGUUUGGAAGAGUGAUGUGGCCUGUUGA